UGCUCAUAUACUUAAACAUGUUACAGUCUUGGUACUGGUAACCAUGACUAGGCUGUUACCGAAAGCCCAAAUUGCGGCCGGUCAAACGCGGACUACAUGCGACACCAAGACUUGACCGAGCGAGUAUCCCAAGUCCAACUUUUACCUAAGCUUACAAUAAUCAUGGCACCGAAGCCGUCGAGCAUAACUAACCUUAGCGACUCGACAGACGACCACAGGUCAAUCAGCAGUGACUUAGUAGCCGUGGAGCAGAAGCUGAACCAGUUCAAACGGCUGUAUACUACGUACCAGAAGGAAGAGGUCACGUCACAACUACGAGCCUCUCAGCCGGCCCAGCGCGAUGCGGUCGUUACGGGGGUUGCGCCCCAGGCGGACAGCUACCAAGCUGGAGCCAGCCAAGUUCACGAAUCCGUAUCCCAGCGGCCCGUUCCGCCUCUCAAACUUCGGCCUCCACUCCAGCAGCAGGAGUCCAGCUGCUACACGGAGGCCACCGACGAUUUCGACCAGCUGUCGCACAUGCAAGUCCUGCUGUCUGAGUUGGAUUCCAAGGAUCGCGAAGCUUGUAACCUGCGGGCUCAGCUCAGCAAGCUCCAGGGACAACUACACGUCCAACAAGCGAGGGAAGACGAGGCCAGGGCAGGCUUCCAACGCCAGGUCCAGCAACUCCAGGAGAAGCUCGCCGCCAAGGCCGAGCAGCUGAACCGGCUGGAGACGGAGCGGUGGGAGGUGCUGGAGGCGGUGUCUACGGUGGCAGCCGGCUCGGUGCAGCUUGACCGCGAGCAGCGAGACCUGGAGCGCGCGCGACUGGCCCUGGAGGAGAAGCAGCGGGAGCUGGCUGCCAGGGAGGCGCAGAUGCAGGCGAACAUGCAGGCACCAGAGCAGCUUUCGUCGGAAGACAUCACAACCCUUGCAACCCACUACUCUGAGCUCGACGUCGCCCUCAGCCGCACCGAAACCGCUGUUCGCCGGCGGGUUCUGCAGCUGUCAGGCCAUGACCCGGACAACACGCUGCCGGCCGGAAGGGCGGCUAGCGGAAGCGGUGGCGCUGGCCGUGUCGAGGAGGAGACCGAUUUGUCGCAUCACCCCUGCCUGAACUACCUGCAGGUCGUGCGCGACGUCUUGGUCGCCGCCAAGGAGCACAUUGGCCCCAGCAAGCCGGGGCCAGACGGCCAGCCGGGAACAGCUGUGCUGGCUCUGCCUGCCGUACGGCACCUGCAUCAGCAGUCGGCGGGUCUGACGCGUGCCCUGGUGCUGCUGGCCAGCGAGGCGGAGGCCGACGCGGGGAGGCACGCCGACGCGGAGGCGCAAAUUCGGGAACGUGAUGCGCGGAUUGUCGCAGCGCUAGCAGAGAACCAGCGGCUUGCGGCGCAGGCCGCGGUGCAGGCUGCGGCAGCGGCGCAGGCGGAGUCCCUAGCACAGCAGCUGCAGCAGCAGCGACAGGAAAACGAGGACCUGCAGUCCCGCCUGCGCAACAUGCGCAAGAAGCUGAAGGCCGCAUUUGAGGAGAUGGCCGCUCAGAACAGGGACCUGCGGGAGAAGCUAGCAGCGGAGCAGGCCGCACGGAGCAGUGAUGCCGCUCGGCUUGGCGACCAGGUGCAGCGCCUGCAAGAGGAGCUAGCGGAGGCGGAGAAGCAGAUCCAGUCCCACAAGAUGCGCGACAUGCAGCUCCUGGCUGAGCUGCAAGAGGCGCGGCAGAUGGCGACGGACACGGCGGCGGAGUGUGCUGAGAGGCUGAGAGGCGACAUGGAGGCUGCUGGGUCACGAGUGGCGGCAGCGGAGCGGCGUGUAGCUGAUCUGGAGGCAGGCUUGCUUGCUGAGCGGGAUAGCGCCGCGCGGGCCGCGUCUGGUCAUGAAGCGCAGAUGGCGGCACUGCGAGCUGACGUGCGACAGCAGCUGCAGCAUGUGGUGGACGCAUACAAUGAGGAGCUGGGAGCCCUGCAUGCGCAGCUAGCGCGCAUGGAGCAUGCGCAACGGGCAGCGGCGGGGGCCAACGCUGUAGGGGCCAUCCGCUCAGGCGGGGCUAACGGAGCCGCGCCUGCCGCAGGGGGAAGCCGCGUGGAGGCAUGGCGCGCGGCGUACGAGGAGAUGCGUGAGCUGUCAGAGUCCCUCAAGUUCCAGCUUGAUGCAGCUGAGCAGGAGAAUGUGCGUCUCCAGACACAGCUCCAACGGCUGACAGCCGCCGCCGUCUCCAACGCAGCCGCCUCCCUAUCCCCUCCAGCACCCACCAACCACACCCCGCAGCUGCCAUCGCAGCCCCAUGCCCAUCAGCACCCUCAGCAACAUCACCAACACCAGCACCCACAACAUCAGGAGCCGCCGCGCCGCUCAGCUGCACUCCGCUCCUCUAGCGGUAGCUGCCUGGCCCGGGCAGAGGUCGGCCAGCCGGCGCCACCCAGCCGCUCCACUGCCCGGGCGCCGUCGGGCCCUGCAGCUCCUCGCUCCGCCGGCACUGCCACCACCACCACCAUAACGCAAGUUGAGCUCAGCACCGACGCAACCGGCAGCGUAGCCGGCGUAGCUACUGCCUCGCUACCUACCGGAAAGGCGGCCUCCCGGACCCGUUCGGUUGCGGUGGAGACGGAGCAGGAGCCGCAGGCUGCGGUGUACAAGACGGCGUCUGCUGCGGGUCCGGGCAAGGUGCCGGAUUCGGAGCUCCAGGAGACGAUGCCGAGGAGGGCGGAUGCGGUGGCGGCGACGGAGCGGCCGCAGACCCGACAGCAGGCAGCUCAGACGGAGGCGCCGGUCAUGCAGCAGCCCCAGCAACAAAAGGCGGCGGAGGACAAACGCGUGUCGAACCAAGUAGUCAUCGUGCUACGCCAAGACCCGCCCGUCUCGACGCCCCUCGUACCACGUGGUGCUCCGGAACCCGCUGGCGGCAGGCGCGGUCGCGGCCCCGCAUCCCGGCACUCCAGUCCCUUCACGCCGCGCCGCAGGGAGGGCGGCCGCAGCCGCUCUCCUGGCCGCGGUCAUCCGGGUGCUGAGGAGCGUGAGGGCCGACGACACUGGCAUGGCAGGGGCGCUAGCAUGGACGGAGGACACAGCGAGGUAACCGAGGAUGUUGGCAGCGGCGGUGAGAGCGGUGGAGGCAGCUGGCGGCAUGAGGGAAGCGAUGGCGAGGGCGGCAGCGUGGUGGGCAGCGACAUGAGCAGCGGCAGCGGAGAUGCGGGCAGUGGCAGUGGCGUGGACACUGGGGCGCUGAACCUCCAUGUGGCGGCGCUGCAAGAGCAGCUUGCUGCACUGACGCACCAGAACUCGGUCAUUACAUCGCAGGUGAUCCAGAUGCGUCAACAUCAGGACCAGCAGGGCCCCGACUCCAACCGUUGGGUCGGUCAGGAGCAGCUCUCGCCCGCAAAGCAAGCCUACGAUGCGCCCGCCGGCUCCUGGGGAACGCCCAGCAGGCCCCCCGGUGGCAUGCAGCAUGACCCCCUUCUAGCGCCUCCUUCCGCCCAGCGCCCCACUGCAGCAUGGUAUCCGGAGGCUCCGGGGCCCCCAGCCCCGACUCCGGCGCGUGCUCCUCUGCCCGCCGGAGCUGCAGACGUCCCUGCGCGCCGUGGUUACGCCGCAUCGCCGCCCCCUCCACCACCACCGCCAGCGUCCGCUGUCUCUGUCAACCCCCUGCACCACAGUGCAUACCACCCAAGCGAAGCCGCAGCGCAUCCGGAGCAACAGGGUUACAGCUGGGAGGGGUUGAGCCGCUCUCCGGCGCCGUACCACCAGCCGUCAAACCCGCAGCAGCAGCAGCAACAGCAUGUCCGUUCGGAACGUCAAGAGUACGUUGACUGCCAGCCACGCAGCAGCCAUGCGCAACCGCAUGCAGUACCGUACGAACAGGAUCCGUACGACCAACACCAGCAACAGCAACAGAUGCAACGCGCACGCUACUCAGCUAUUCAUGGCGAGCCUGUACGGCACCACCAACAACCGUCAUUCCACCAGAAGCAACGCCGCCAACUGCAUUGCCAACCGCCAGGCGAUGUCUCCGCAGCAGUACGGUUCAACCGGCUGUAUGCAUCAGAGGACACGGAGGCUCCCUCCAUUCCCUCCUCGCAACCGCUGAUGGGCUCGCCGGUGCACAUGGACGCGCACCACUACCGUCGCGGCGGCGGCGACAUUAGCGAUGAGGCUUCCUUUGCCGGCGUGCUGACCCAUGGGUCACAGUCGCAGAACCGAUCGCACCUCCCUCAACGGCAACAGCAGCAGCAGCGGUUGGAAGAGGGAGGAGGAUCCGCAGAGCUGGCAACUUUGCGCGCUCAGUACGCGCGGUUACAGGCUCAGUACGACAUCCAAUCCGCUCGACAGCGGGAGAUGCAGGACGUCCUGCUGCGGAUAUCGGGUGAGCGAGCCGCUAGCGGAACUGCAGCUCCUAGCAGCACCCGUCCAGCCGUUCCAGGUCCUAGCAUCCAGCAUGCCCUAGCAACAGCGGCGCUGGCCGCAAGCCCAUCCUCAUCCACACGCGCAUCCCAGGCAUUUAAAGCAGCAGGCCAUGCAUCCACAUCCACAGCUGCAGAACGGGGUUCAGCUCCUGCGGGUUCGCCGCGAGUGCAGAAGUCCCGGCAUGGUGCUACGCCCGCAGAUACCGCGUCCCCAGCCGGAAAAGUGAGCGCUCGUAGCCAGCGGUUGCAGGCCGCCAUGCAAGCCCCACAGCAUGCCGUACCGUCGCGUCACGAGCUUGACCAGCCUGCGCUGCUCCCGCCUUCGCAAGGUGCCAGCGCAUACAGUGAUGCGCUCGGCCGCCUGGCGUUUGAGGGCCACACGUCAAGCAACGAUGGAGCGGCAGGGUUGGCGUCCGGGUCUUUUGUUUCGGGCGACCAUACAGAGAGCGGGAGCAGGUGGAGCGGAUCAGGUUCGGGUUCAAUGACAGGCAGCUACACUGACCCACGGGUCGCGGCCGACCCACGAGGUGCAAACAUGCAUGAGGGGCGCGGGCAGCGCGUGGAUGGCAGACGUGCGCCGCACCUGGAUAUGCCGGGGCUUGGCGGUCUUCAGCACAAGCAAAAGCCCCAUCAUAGCCGCCCAGCGGGAGGAUCAGGGUCUCGCAAAACCUCACCGCAUGGGCCGAAGAAGGGCAGCAUCCUCCACCUAGGCCCUCCAUCCCAGCAACAGCAGAGCGUGCUAGGCCAAACAGGGUUGGAAACCGCCCCGGUUCAGCCUCAGCCAGCACCCGCGUCUGACCUUGCAAUCAUGCAGCACGCCGCAGAACACGGGCAAGUGGGGCACCCCCAGCUGCAGCGCACCACCCGCUCUGUCCCAUCCGCUCCUCAUCUUCACCCGACGGGGGCCUCACGGCCGCUAUCCGCACCCUCGGGAAACAGCGGCCGUAGCGGCAUGGGCGCCCAGCCCCAUGCAACCUCCGCCUCACUAGCUGCCCAACGCUCGAGUGAGCAAUUCAUCACCACCACGCCCUUCUUCCCGCUCGGCCCCGAAACCUCGGACUUUCUGGAUCGCGCGACGACUGUCGACGUGGGCCUCCUGCACCGCCCCGAUCUAGCCACGACAGCGGCGCACGCGGCUGGGCUGUACGACAGCGCAAACGAUGACGAGGAUGCUGCCGGUGUUGCGGAUGAUGCCGCAGCCGGUGGUGGUGGCGGCGGCGGCGCAACUGUGGGGUCAGCGUCUACGUACACUUCAGUAGACGACGAGCGGUUAGACAUGCCGGAUGAGGGCGAGGACGAGGAAGAUGACGAGGAUUGGCGGGUAACGGCGGCUGGCCGCUCUCGCACCGUCUCCUCUGUCGGAACCACCUCAUCAUCCUCUAGUGCCGCCGGGGCGAGCCGAGGCCGUUCAGUCGCAGCGGCAGCAGUGCCGCCACUGCCACGGCCCAUGACGGCGGCGACGGCGGCAGCACCCGACACCGCAGGUCCCUCCCCACGCCACACUACACGCAGUUUCCUGCCGGUCAGCGGCUCCCAACUACAAGCUCAGCAGGAGACCCAUGGGUCGCGGCAUGGGCAACUCGUGCCCCAUGCAACGUACCACGGCCAGGAGCCCCUCCGAGGCGUGUCGGCGCAAGCCCAUGGCGGCGGCGGAAGCGGCGCUGCUGCCGCCAGCGCAGCGCCUUUGCCGCCAUCGGCCUCAGCGGCGGUGGCAGGCCGGGCUCCCGGACCCCAGCAGGAGCCACGACGAGGCGCGGGUGCUCUGGAUGGGCCCCUUGUUCCACCGGAGGUCUUGGAGCGCAUGGCACGCUACGCCGGCGAUGAGGGGCUGGCGCGACCCAGCACUGCCGUACCUUCGGCGCUGCGCUUAGACGCGCCCGAAGCCCGCGGCCCUCCGGUGCCGCCAGAGGUGUUGUCGUACUUGGAGCAGUACACUGGCGGCGGGGAGGGAGAUGUACGGCCGAGUACGGCGUCACCGUCAGUACUGCGUACGGGCGGAUCGCGGGAGGUGCCCGUACCGCCGGAGGUGUUGUCGUACAUGCAACAGUACACUGGGGAUGAGGGCCGCGCUCGGCCCAGCAGCGCUGCUCCUUCCGUGCUCUCCUCCUCUCGUUCCGCCUCCGAGCUGCCGGUUCCGGAGCUGGUCCUGCACAUGGCGGCGCAGUAUCAGGCCGGCGGUGAGGGCAUCUCCCGGCCCGCCACCGCUCCCUCCUCAGACGAGCGCCGACACCGCCUGGCCGCUGCUCUGGCUGCCGUACCUGCGCCCGCCUCCGCCCCGGCAUCGGCCCCGGCACCAGUGCCUGCUGCCCCACAGCAGAUGCCGGCCGCUGCCGCUCCUCCCUCCUCCCUACAUGCUGGCUCCGCAGCUGCAGGAACCGCAGCGGCAGCAGCUGCAAGUGCCGCAUGGUCGGCGGCAGCUGCAGCCCAGUCGUCGCCAUCGGGACUGCAGCAAGCCUGGGCGCAGGUGCCGCAGUGCGCCCCCUCAUUAACAUCCCAGCCGCAUGCUGCAAUGCAGCUGCCGCAGGAACACCAGCAGCAGCAGCAACGAGCACCGGAUGCUGGUGUACCAGAAGCAUCCAUGAGACCUGGCACACCCAGGACGCGGCCCGACACCGGCGGCGAUGCAGGUGCCAGCGGUGGCCGACGUGGCCCAUGGGUCGCUGAGCGCGCCAGCGGUGACGACUUCCACCGAGGCCUUCAGCUAAGCGCUGCGGAACUGCGGGAGGGCGAGCAGCAAGGUACGAUGAUGGUUUCAGAGGGAGAUGAUCGCCGUACAGGACUGUCCCUGUACGGAAGCGAGGAGCUGUCGGCUGCAGGCGGCUGGGGUUUGGUGGGUCAUGAGCAGGAGCAGCAGGGCUCCUGGCAGUGGAAUACGGCACCGUACUCAGCUGGUGCGGAUGAGGAGCAGCAUGCAGGGGGGUAUGGAGCUUACGGGGAAGGUGAGGAGGGUGAGGAUGAGGAGGAAGGGGACGAGGAGGAUGAAGAUGAGGAGGAGGAUGAAGAGGAGGAGGAGGGGUUCGGUAGGGAUGGCGAAGCGCACGGCAACGGCAGCUACUAUGGUGACACGGAAGAGGAGGAGGAGGAGGGCGGGUACUAUGACGGGGAGGGCGGAGAAGGAGGGGAGGAGCUGCUUGCCGGAGAGGGCGAGGAGGGGGAAGAAGAGGAGGAGGAGGACGAGGAGGGUGAGGAGGAGGCGUACGGAGGUACGGGUCGAGAGUCCUUCACGAGCAGCUCUGCGACGUUUAGGAGCUCACUGCCGGCAUCCCCCUCCUGGCCGCCACCCCUGGAUCAGCAGCAGCAACAACAACAACAGCAGCAGCAGUACCAGUACGAACAGCACUACUUGCAGCAGCAGCAACAGCAACAACAGGAGGAGUAUCAAUUGUGGUCUGAACAGGCCCGGCGCGGCGCCUUGGAGCUGAUGCAACAACAACAGCAGCAGCAGGGGCUGCUCCUGCUUCAGCAGCAUGACUCCUCUUCUGGUGAUUACGAGGAUGCGGGCUUUCGCAUGGUCGUUGGCAGUUGGCUUCAACGGCCCGCUGAAGGCAGCUCGGAUGGUGACGGCGGUGGUAGCGGCGGUAGCACGGCGGCAGCAGCGGACAGGGCUGCUGGCGGGGAGGCAGGCAGGGCGGGGGGAUAUGGGGACUCGAGCCAGGUGGAUCUGGACCCGAGGGGAGGGCAGCGGCGGCCUGGCCCUGCUGGGUACGGCAAUGAUGAUGGUGGCGAGGGUGGCGGCGCCUGGGGCAGAGCCAUGGCUUCUUCUCCUUGAAGCCUUGAAGACUGGAAAAGGAUGCAUGGCAGCAUGGGGUGUUUCGGUGGUGGGUGAGUGGGGAUGCAACUGCCCGGGGCAACCCGGGGUGCGAUUAACAUAGGUGGUGGUGGGUGGGUGGGAACAUAUCGGUGCAUGACGCGUAACUUGGAAUGUGUACUGGUGUCUCGGAUGCGUGCGUUUACUUGUCAUGCUUUCUACAUGGACGCGUGCAGCAGCGGCAUGUGGGGACAGAGCCUGUUCUCUUUUCAUGAUACUAUGUCGACGACAUUACUGGGUUAUGGGGAGAAGUACGGUGGGGGCGGGGCUCCAGGAAGGGCGCAUGGACGCACGUUGGUGGACGUCUGAUAGCGCACUUGUGCUUCACUGCAUUGGGAUACACAUGCGACAGCGGCUGCAUACCGUACCCUGCGAAACGCUUGCUCGUACAAGCAUGUACUAUACGUGACUAGCGUGGCGGUGGGAUUGCAUGGGGCGAACUAAUUUGGCCUUGCAUGGACUGUGUUUGGUAGUGACUCGUGCAUGGGUUACACUCGGUAAUCGCGUGUCAUUCAAACAUUUGGUCAUUGCCUGGUAAAAAGUGGU